AUGGAACUUGUGUACGGUAAGGUAGAGAUCUCGGAUAGAGAUGAAACCAUCUUAGCGAUUGCUCGGACUAUGGAUGGUAUUGGCCGUGAUGGCGGGUACCCGUGCCUGACAAUUCCUGAUAAUAUUCCCAUUGUACGCUGGAUACCGUCUUCGCUUCCAGGGGCGGGGUUCAAGAGUAAGGCCGAUGUCGCAAAACGAGCUACAAUAGACGCGCGAGAACGUCCUUACAAGAUGGCGCGAGCAGCGAUGAGUGCUGGUGCGGCAAAAACGUCCUUUACCCAUGCCUGUAUUGAAGAGGCGAACGCACGAGGGCUACUUUCCGCGGAGGAAGAAGACGAUAUCAAGAUAAUGGCAGCUAUGGUGUAUAGAGGUGCUCCAAAACAAUUGUAA